AUAAGUUAUGGAUAAUAUUACUGUGACUGUACGCAAUGCUUACAGCGUCGCAAUCGGUGAUUUACUAAAUAUAUAUUUAUAGAGCUGGAUCUAAUCUAUCUAGAUCUAGAUAUCCAGCUAGGCUAGGUCUAUUGUUUUCAGUUGAAGAUAUUAUAGACUCUAGAUUCUAGAUCUAUUUCUAGAUUUAGACUUUAGUCUCUAAUUAAUCUGGAUUAUAAAGAAAAUGCCACGAAAUUUGUGGAAAAAGACAAAACAAUAUGUUUUAGAAAACCUUCACGAAGAAGAUCCAGAGGAGUAUUAUAAAUACAAAUCCAAGAUCAUGUGGGGACUAACUGAAGAUGAAUAUGAGUUAAUGCAGGCUGUAAAGAGCCACUCUGUACAAAAAAUUCGCACAAUGUUAAACAAGGGAGUGGAUCCAAAUUUCUUCAAGAACUCUUUAAACAGACAAACACCAUUACAUUUGGCAUCAGAAGAUCCAGCAAGUGAAAAAAUAGUGGGUGUACUCUUGUUCUUUGGUGCCAACCCCAAUGCUCAAGAUAGUAUUGGAUGUACACCACUUCACCUGGCGUGUCUCCAUGGCAAUGCAGCCACUGUGGAGCUUUUAGUACAAGCUGGGGCUGAUGUCAAUAUCAUUGAUAACUAUGAAGAGACUCCAUUACUGACUGCAUGUAAAGUGAACAGAAGAAGUACUUGCCAAAUUGUUGACAAGUUAUUAGAAGCUGGAGCCAUAGUUUCUUGUACUAAUAAUCACAGACAGUCAGUUCUCCAUAUUUUGACUAGUCCCCAUCACUUCCCCACUCGUACUGAAGUGUGGAUGGUAGAGGAUAGAUUCUCUCUCAUGAAGAAACUAGUAGCCAGUCAGCAUAGACAUUUGUUAGUCAGUAAGAUGUUGAGUCAUGGCUUGUCUGCCAAUAUGUUGGACACCAAUGGUCUCAACCCACUAAGUUGUGAGCUCUUGGUCUUGCUGCAGGCUCCAGCCACUGAAUCUGAUGAAGAGUGUUCAAAACUGCUGACAGCUAAAGCAUUGUUAGCUGGUGGUGCCAUCUUGCAGAUUGAUAAAGUCAUGAAUGAAAUUGAUAAUAUACUCAACCGCAGAACUUUUCGCACACCCUUCAAUGCUCCAGAUUUUAACAAUCUAGCAGAACUGAUCAAAGAGUCUCAUGCGGUUAUACCAAGGCAAAAUUUACAGAUCUGCCUGGACAAGAUCAGAGAAGCAGAGACAGAAAUUGACACAAGCAGCCUGCAGGCUGAGUUAGAAACCUGCUUAAAAACAGUGCCAUCUCUGCUUCAGAUGAGCAAGCUUUGUUUAAGACAAUGUCUAGGUAACUAUGUCUUGAUCCAAACAGAACUACUUCCCCUGCCUGAUAAAAUGAAAGAAUAUAUUUGUAGUGUUUGAUGAGUUAUGUGUGAAUGUCCUUCACAAAGUGUUGGUAGAUGCUGUUAUCAUCCAACGUUCUUAUGUCUUGAGCAUAAGCCAUGACAGACUUGUGUGAGACAGCAGUUGUGUUGCAUUAUACACUCAGUGUAGACUCCACCUUAAGAAUUGUUUGAUCCCAUUGUCCAUGAAACUUUACAAUACAGGGCAUUGGAACAUUGUCCAUGAAACUUAUCUCUAAAAUAUAGGGCAUUGGAACAUUGUCCAUGAAACUUAUCUCUAAAAUACAAAGCAUUGGAACAUUGUCCAUGAAACUUAUCUCUAAAAUACAGGGCAUUGGAACAUUGUCCAAAAGCCAAAGGAUUUUUUAAGGUGGUUAAACAAUCUUGCUAUAAAAAAAAAAUUAAAAAAAAAAAAAAAAUGCCCAAAAUAGUUUUUAGCAAUUUGCAAUGAAAACUUAAUAUUUGUUUUCUUUUAAUAGAUUUAGAUACAGACACAUUUUUUUAGAAGUGCUUGGCACAUUUUUUUUUUUUUUUUUUUCAAAAAAUAUUAGUUCUUCACGUGACUUGUUUUUGUUGAUUAUUUUUUUAUUAUCUUUUAUUUCAGUCUAAUUUGUUGUUGUUUUUGUUAGCUUAUUAUAAACUUCAAAUCAAAAAUUGGAAAUACAGUAAUCAAUUUGAAAUGUGAUUUUAUUUUAUAUGCAUUGAAGGAUACAUUUAAUGUUUAAAAUGUUUCAAGAUUGUAUCAUUGCCUUAGUUAAACAGAUGAAGCACAAAUCUUGAACUAUGCCAGAUCUAUUUAUGAGUUGAAAUGAAAUGCAUGGUUAAAUGUAAAUUUGGCUUUCAUUAUGUUCUUAAAAAGUAUUGAUAAUGUCAGGUCAUUGCAUUUUUUUUUAAUUAGCCUACUAAUUUUUUAAUAUUGACACUAAAGAAAAUAUUAUUUGUAUUGUGUAUAGUCAUUAUCCAUAAGGGAAUUUUUUUUUUAAUAGGUAAAAUUGUCUUAUAAAUAAAUUUUAUAGUUGUUAUACUUUGUAGUACAUUAAUGAACAUUUAUGUUGAUGAAGACCAGUUGGUCUAAGUUGUGGAUAUGUUUGUAAAAAAAAAUAAUUAUUGAACUUUUGGUCCUUAGAAAAAUGUUGUUUUUAUAAUUUAUUAUAUUUUUCAUAUCUUGAGCUAUAAUAAUUUGAUUGCCUGGUCAUGUGGCAUGAGCCUUAUAAUGUUGUUAUGAUGGUCUUGAGUUUGAAAUGUGUCUACCUUCAUCCCCUGCUAUCCUGAUGGAGGGUUUGGCUAGGAAUAGUCUUUAUUUCUGAAGGAAUAGUCUUCAUUUCUGAAGGAAUAGUCUUUAUUUCUGAAGGAAUGGUCUUUAUUUCUGAAGGAAUAGUCUUCAUUUCUGAAGGAUUGUCCAAAACGUCUAUAACAAAGCAAGUAAGAAGUAAAACUGUUACAGAAAAAGUAUGUUUUUGAUUUGAGAUUCAUAAUAAGAUGUUUGGUGACAUGUUUGGCAACCUGGUCAUGUGAUGUGCACUGCAGACUGUCAUCAUAGUAGUCCCCAGUUCCAAGCUUGCUGUCAUACUGUACUGUCCUGCAGGGUGUGUAGCCUAUAAGUAAUAUUUUGCACUUCUGAACACCUGAAACCUAUCAAACAAAAGAUGAGAUUUUGUGAGUGCUGAACAUUUGGGUUACUUUCACUGUUGAUGGGGUUUUUAAUAAUAAUAAUAAUAAUCUUUAUUAUCCGUAAGGAAAUUUGUCUUACAAUUUGUGCAUUACACCAAACAAAAAACAUUAUAACUAUAAAAAACCAAAGUGUACAUUCACACCAGACUCACUCAUAAUUUACAUGUGACAAAGUUUAUACCAGAUUGUUCUUAUUUAAUGAUUUGAUUGCCAGGGGAACAAAAGAGUGUUUGUGUCUGUUUGUCUUUGCUAUCGGUGUCUUGUAUCUCUUUUGUGAUGGUAAAAUCACAAAAUCCUGACACAAAGGGUGAUUCUUUAUUUCGAGGAUCUUGUUAGCUUUUUUAUAGAUGUUUGUCUCAAACAACUGCCCAAAUGGGGUUUGUUUUUUGCCAAUGAUUUUGCCAGCAGCAUUUAGGAUUCUAUUAAGUUUAUUUUUAUUUUUAAUGCUCAGAUUGCCAUACCAGGCAGUGAUAUUGAAACUUAAAAUAUUGCAGAUGUGAGCGUGAUAAAACAUAGCCAAGGCCUUUUUGCUAACAUUAAACGAGGACAGUUUUCUUAGUAGUCGUAAUCUUUGCUGCCCUUUUUUGCUGAUAUAAUCAGUAUUUGGAGUAAGUGAGCCUCAUCAGAUUUUUCACAAUUUACUUUGAUAUCAAAUCUUUAUCAUUGUGCUUACUUAGCUGAAAUUGAUAUUUGAUACUUGGUAAAAUUAGUAAAUCAGGAUUUAUUUCAUUACAAAAGAGUAUUGUGAAAAUGUUGAGAACUAAUUGUUUAAGAUCAUUCACAGACUUAUGCAAAACAUUUAAUUUCUUUUACCCUUUCAUCAAUUUUUUUUUUGUUACUUAAUUCUGUUUUGUACUUUACCAGCUGUAUUCAGCUUAUUUAUUUGAAAAUAUCCAUCAACUAGACUUUUUCUCCUCUUUGACCAGUACAAUGAUUUUGCCCCCUCCCCCCCCUCCCCCCAAAACCACCGGUCAAGUGUCCCUAAGUCCUUGCAUAGAGAAAUACAAUGUGAUCUUUUUCAUAGUUGAAAGAUUUCUUUAUUUUAUUUUUUAAUGUAACAUAUGUUUGAGUCUCACCUCAUGUAUCAGCCUGAACAAAAACCUUUGCAGAUGUUGUGAGUCUCUAGCAAGGAAGAGAAUUGUUUUUUUUUUGUCUGAUGUAUUUGCUUAAUGUACAUCCCUGUGAGAAACUAAAAGAGAUUGCACUUGCUGUACUUUUGUCUAGUUUUAUAAAAUGGUUGCUAGACUUUGAUCUGAAUGAACAGGUAUUUCUACCCAUUUGCAAACAUUCAUAUGGGUGUGCACCUGUUUUAGUUUGGCCAUUUGUUGUAAAUAAUAUUAUUUGCUGUUAUGAAAAUAAAACACAAAUAGUGUUCUGAUUAGUGUAAUUAAUUGUUACUAUUUCUGCUGGGGUGGUGUGAUUGCCAUGCAGGUUGUAAUGUUCACAGGCAGGUGGUUGGAUUUCAUUUAACUAAUUGGAGUUAGAACUAGAGUGUCUAUUUAGUGCAUUUACUGGUUCUCUGUGACAUUUCUGUGUUUGGAUGUCCAGUACUAGUUAGUAUGCCAAUGUCCGGUACUGUUAUUUGGCUGGAUGGUGUGAUUGGCAUUGUUUGCUGGUUGAUGUCUGUUGAUUGGUCUCUUCAAUUGGAUGUGUCUGCUGGUUAUUUGGCUGGAUGGUGUGAUUGGCAUUGUUUGUUCGUUGAUGUCUGUUGAUUGGUCUCUUCAAUUGGAUGUGUCUGCUGGUUAUUUGGCUGGAUGGUGUGAUUGGCAUUGUUUGUUCGUUGAUGUCUGUUGAUUGUUCUCUUACAUUUGAUGUGUCAACUGCUUUGGUUUAUCAGCACAUUGUUUGUAUAUAACCUUGAUGCCCUAACAUAGCUUUAUGCAAUAGAUCUACAUAUGUAUGAAACUUGCAACCUCUUGUGUAUCCAUGUGACAUUUUUGUUUCCAUUGUCAUAUCAAUGGCCAUGUUACCCAGACAUGUUGCUUCCCCUUACUUAAGUUGCUUCUUAACACUUUUUAAAGACAACAUUAGUUUGUGCAAAUGUUAAUUUUAUUGUUAUUAUUUAGUCAAAUCAAAUCUAGCAUUGACUAUGAUUUCUAAUCCCAUGUUUUGUUAAGAAAACACAAUAGGAAAUAAAUUUCUAAUUUCAAAUGUAAAGUUCUUUUUAAAUGUUCAAAGUAAAAAAUAUAUUUAUAUACCGGUAUUUAAAGAAUUUUAACAUAGUAAAAGUCUAGUGAGCCACAGUUAUAUUGCUAAGUUUAAACCAAGAGUUCAGUUGUUACCAUACAUACAAUGUUGCACUAAUGACUUAGCUAUUGGCAUGUGGAGUUAUUGAUGUCAACUAUGAAACUGUAUAUUAAUUUUUCUAUUUCACUAUGUCAAUAUUUAUUUUUACACCUUUUGUGUAUGUUAACAAUUCGACAAUUGUGAUAAUUUUCUUUGAUGAAGAUUUUAUCACUGACUAGAACUCCACUAAAUGUAGAUCUAGUGAUCACCAAAAGUG